CUGUACCCAGAUGUGCACACAAAAAAAAAAAGAGUGUGUGUGCGGUGCGGGAGUCCUGUCAGUCCGGCUUCCUCCCGUCCCGUGUUUGGCUACUACCGGCGGCGCGGCGCAAUCCCUCUCCCACCUGACCUCGCCUUCUCGGCUGGCCUUGCCGCCCCCCAAAAACAGUUGCCGGCCGGGAGAGAGACGAAGGGAAUCGCUUCGCCUGAUUUCUCGUCUCGAGCCUGGCGUCGUCGAACCAUGGGGCCGCCGGCACUCGACCGGCUCAUGUCUAUGCAGCGGCGUCGCCGUCGCCGGCCAACUCAAGGCCGUAGCACUACACCGCCUCUUACCUCCCUCGGCAGCUCUGUUUAUUCAUCUCUGCUGUGGAUUGGUGACUGCAGUGGCUAAAAGGACGGACACUCGGCUGAUAAUUAGCCUUCCAGAAGUAAUGCUGAUAAUGGGAAUUCUCGGAGUGACAAAAAUUGAGAUAUUCAGGACCAUGCCUUCCAGAGGACUCAUAGGUAGAGAAUUUGCAUGCGUAUUGGUUGAGGUUGGCUAUUUCAUUGCCAGAGGAGUUGCCAAGUUCAUGAAGAACCUGCCUGCUGAUGAUGGUGAUGGGUUCGAUCCUGCCACCAUGAAAGGCUACAAGUACCCUGUUCAAAUUUAUGGACUUUGGGGUCGUGUCACCAUCGACCAGAUCUGGCACUGUGAAGGCAGGCUCCUCCGCUCAGGUACUGUUCACUGCAAGGAGCUCAAGGACUUGUGUCUGGCUAAAGCCAUGUAUGAGCUAUUGAAGCGGCGCUACUAUGGGUUGUCAUUCGCCGAGGAACACCUUGAUGAAACCCGUGAUUUUGUCUUCAAGGGAUUACUACAAAAUCAGGAUGACUAUGAGAGACCUUUCCGGAUUGUUGAAAUGGAGUUGGGGUUCUGCCAUGACUACUUCUUUACAAAACAUGCUAUCAUCUUUGAACUUGAGGGAGUAUUCUUCUUUCUCUUCCUUGUGAGGAUUGCUCUUGUUGCCACAUGUGUAUCCUUUGUCGUGCAGAGUACACUAUCUGUCAAGACACUUAAAGCUGUCAUUGAAGUGCACAGCAAAAGGGCUGACGAGAUCAUCACUCUCCUUGUUUUGGCCACAUUCCUUCUCACUGAACUUCUUCAAGCUGCAUUCUAUCUGGCCUCGGAUUGGUGCAAGGUGUCAGUUACUUGUAUCUAUCUCAAAAUAUCUUGUUAUCAACACAAUGCUUUCAUUGAGAAGUUUAUCUGCUAUAUUAGCAGAUUCAAAAUAUUUGGGUACUGGAAGAAUAAGAUUGGUCAGUACUCGAUUAUUCCACACAUUACCGCCGCUGAUUCGUCUGGGGACUGUUACCCAGUGAACAAGUUGCAGACAGUAAAGCGGGCUAUUGCUAGGUCCCUAAUAUCAUGCGCCGGUCCACCAACUAAUGGAGAAGGGUCAUUACAGAGGAACGGUGUGCUUGCAGAGUUUUCUUGGGCAUUGCAUGGUCAUUCACAAGCAGAGAUCAUGUUAAUUUGGAACAUCGCCACUGAUUACUGCAAUAUGAUUCCCCCUACUGGAGACGGGGAGCAACUGAAUGGGACAUCUGAAAAUGAACAAGACACAAAGUUCAACAAGAAUGUUUCAGUCAGCCUAUCAAGAUAUUGUGCAUACUUGAUGAAGUCUGCACCAGAAUUGCUUCCAGGAUACUUCGGAGAUACAAAGCUGGCCAUGGUUGAUGUAGAACGCAAAGCAUACGAAGUUCUAGGAUCCCGGAAUGUUGGACUUGGUUUAAAAUGGUGGAAUGUUUUUUCCCUUUUGGUAAACGGGUUUCUACCCCUGGCCUCUGGAUCUAUUGAUGCAUCCCAGAAUAUUCACCAGGCUAUGAAUGGUUUACAAGACCAAGUGGAAGACAGGAGCAUCUUCAUGAGAGGUGUGAAGCUUGGAAAGCAGCUAGAGCGCAAUCCGAGCAGUGCUCUUCGCUGGAAGAUACUUGCGGAUUUCUGGGCUGAGAAGAUCCUCUACAUCGCACCAUCUGAUAAUGUGAAAGGGCACAUGGAACUUCUCGCAAAGGGAGGAGAGUUUCUCACCCACAUCUGGGUCCUCCUUACUCAUGCUGGCAUCCUCAAGAUUAACAGGGAGGAAGGUAACAACACCAUGCCCAUGCGCCAACCAUCCCAAGGAGAUGUGUAGUAAUUUCAGUUCUAGCUGCUUGCUUUCAUGUACCACUAUCGUGCGAGCGUUCUUGUUUGUUCUUCUCUUGAAAAGCUUUAUUUCUGCUGCACUGUAUCGAGUGUAAUACUCUAUCCCAGUGGUGCGCGUCAUCUGAACUAUUUGUUGUAUCAUUUCAAAAUUGUCAUAUGCAAAAACCGUCAUGUAAUUGCCUGUGUGGAAUUUUUGUUGUUCUAUUA